CCCGGUGCUGGACGAAGCGCGCGCGCCGCGGACCGUCAGGCAGCUGCUCACCGGCGCGCGAGCUUCAGCACGAGUUUACCGAGCGGAGCGGAUGCCCAGUGAAGCCCGGGGGGGGGAGGGGUCAGUCACAGCCCGGCUUUCCGUGUUGUUUGUUUCCGUUAUUCCUGUGACCGGAAGCAUGCGGCGGGUCGCUCCUCGCGCGCUCCUCUCUCUGACCUGCCUGGCCGCGUGGCUCCCGGUGCAGCGCGCGCUCAGCGGACACAACGGCUCGUCGCUUCCGGAGCUGCUGGCGGGGGGUCCGAACGGCUCGAGCCUGCUGGCGCUGGAUGACGGCGCGCUCGCGGACUGGCGCUGGCUGGCGGGGCGGAAGCGCGCGGGCGCGGAGGGAGAGCACGCGGCGGUGCGGGCGCUGCUCAUCUGCAGCUACUCGCUCAUCAUCGGCGCCGCGCUGUUCGGGAACGCGCUCGUGUGCCACGUGGUGAUGAAAAACAAGCGCGCGCGCUCCGCCACCAGUCUCUUCAUCGCCAACCUGGCCGUGGCGGACAUCUUCAUCACCCUCCUCAACACACCCUUCACCCUGGUGCGGUUUGUGAACAGUACCUGGGUUUUCGGGAGGGGGAUGUGCCACAUCAGCCGCUUUGUGCAGUACUGCUCUCUGCACGUGUCCACACUCACACUCACAGCCAUCGCACUGGACAGACGGCAGGUGAUCCUGUAUCCUCUGAAGCCGAGGAUGUGCACCGGUCAGGGCGCUGUGUGUAUCAUCUUCAUUUGGCUCAUGGCGAGUUGUUUCUCACUACCACACGCCAUCUUCCAGAAACUCUUCACCUUUGUCUACAGUAAGGACAUCAUUCGCUCCCUGUGUGUGCCAGAUUUUCCUGACCCAUCUGAACUGUACCAUCAGUACCUGGACUUGGUGACCUUUGUCCUGCUGUACGUGUUGCCACUCCUCAUCAUUACGGUGGCGUACUCGGCCGUGGCACGUCGUCUGUGGCGCCGCAAUGCCAUCGGUGAUGUCACCAGCGAGCAGUACUUCCUCCAGCGCAGGAAGAGGAAGCGGACCAUCAAGAUGCUGGUGCUGGUGGUUCUGGUGUUUGCCGUGUGCUGGUUCCCAUUAAACUGCUACGUGGUUCUACUGUCAAGUCACGCCAUCCACUCCAACAACGCCAUGUACUUCAGCUUCCACUGGCUGGCCAUGAGCUCCACCUGUUACAACCCCUUCAUCUACUGCUGGCUCAACCAGAGCUUCAGGGCCGAGCUCACCUACCUACUGAGCAUGUGCAGGAAAGGGCGAGCCAGGGGGCGGGGCAGCACCGGGCAAGGGGAGGAGCCGGACGAGAGGCCUCCGCCGUCUAACGGCUGUCACAGAGCAGCCUGGCCGGAGAGUCACGACUCCUCCCAGCCGUCUGAUCACAAAGAGAGCCACGCCCUCAGGACCACCUCUCUCGGCCAAUCAGGAAAGACCGAUAUCCUGUCAGUGGAGCCGAUUGUCACUGUCAACUGAUUAAUUAGGGCCCGAGCCCUAUGGGCGAAGGCCCUAUUGUUCUUGUAAGAGUUCACUAUUAUUAUUCUUCUUCCGUCUUCUUCUUCUUCUUCUUCCGUCUUCUUCUUCUUCUUUAUUUUUCUCCGCUGUUGGGCCAUUUUCGGGGCACUUGCCAUGGGCGAAAACGCACGAAAUUUGGCACCAGUUCCGAGAAUUGCCACCGCUACUCAGAAC